AUGCACGCCUUCAGCGCCCUCACCACCCUGGCCAUGACCCUCUUCACUGCCCAAACCACCAACGCCUGGCUCCUCGAGUUCUGGGGCACCCAAAACGUCUGCUCCAAGCCCGAGGGUAGCGCCGCAGAUAACUCAGCCGGCGGUGAGCCCGGCCAGGGCAACGACUGCAUGACGGCUUACUACGACCUCAAUGCCAUGCUCGUCAAGGACUGGGAUGACGGAUGUACCGUUAAGUUGUACAACGGAGUUGGCCUUAACUGUGAUGGAGACGUUAUCGUUGAAUACACCAAGGAGAAGGCCGAGGAGGAUGCGAAGCUGUCUGACGAUGGUACCUACAUGUGCCUUGUUGACUUGGGUGGUGAGCCUGGACCUUACUUCGCUUCUUACACUUGCGAUUUCGGUGUCUUGGAUGUCUACCUUCUCUAA